GAAACACAUCAAUGACUCGAAGACAAACAUUAUAUGUAACAGGGUUUUCGAGCGAUAUUCGUGCAAAAGAUUUAGCCUAUAAAUUUGAAAAGUUUGGAAGGCUGGUUCGGUGUGAUAUUCCUGUUCCUAGGAAGGUUGGUGCACGACCAUUUGCAUUUGUUGAAUACGAAGAUUCGAGGGAUGCAGAUGAGGCAUACCAUGAUUUACAUGGACUUCGUAUGGGACGGGAUACUCUAAGCAUUGAGUGGGCUAAAAAAUCACCGUCUGCUUCAUGGCGAUUUGAUGAACGUACAUAUACAUCACAUCGACGAGGACGUAGUAGUUCUAGAAGACGACAUCGUUCAUAUAGCCGUAGUUAUAGUGAUAGUCGGAGUCGUUCACGUAGUCGAAGUCGUUAUAAUCAUCAUCGUCGUCAUCGAUGUAGCCAUUAUAGUCGGAGUCGUAGUCGUGCUCGUGGCCGUCGCCAUACUCGAAGUCGUACUCGAAGCCGCACUCGAAGUCAUACUCGAAGUCAUAGUCGAACUCGUUCUCGUACUCGAACCCGUUCGCGUUGUCGAAGUCGUUCAUAUAGUCGAACCCGUUCGUGCAGUCGUCCUUCUCCGCAAUGUCCUUUUGAAGCUGUAAAACAAGAUAAUAAAGCCGAAUUACCUAUUCAGAACGUUCCAUCUCCCGUGGAUAAUACAGUCGAAUUAUCGGCUUCUACAUUAAAGAAUGAUGAUUCACAACAGACGACUAAUGGAAUGUCUAUACAAACUAAUAAUAUCUCCGAAACAGUAACAGCUUUAUAAAAAGAAUCCUAAAUGAAACAGAUUUUGGG